CACAGUCUCGCCAUUUUCCGCCACUUGACGGUAGCUUGCUAGCUAAACAAGCUAGCUGCAUCCCAACUCAGCAUCACUAGCGUUAAAAUAAGUCAUAUUUAGAAUUAAAACUCACAUUUAGGACAUUGCAGAUAAUUUAAUGUCAAUUCCCUCCCGUCGUCAUGGACGAGGAAUAUUACAGCACCGCGGGAGACUGGGAAGGCACGGACGGUAACUUGGAGGAUUAUGUGGAAGGGGAAAAUGACGGAAAAACACAGGAAGAUUGUCUGCAGAAAUUCUCCAGCCGGGAUUACAUCAUGGAGCCAGCCAUCUUUAACACCCUCAAAACGUAUUUCCAGGCAGGUGGCUCUCCAGAACACGUCAUCCAGCUUCUCUCAGAAAACUAUUCUGCUGUGGCUCAGACUGUCAAUCUGCUGGCAGAGUGGCUGAUCCAGAUGGGUGUAGAGCCUGCUCAGGUCCAAGAAAGAGUAGAGAAUCAUCUCAAGAGUCUCCUCAUAAAGCAUUUUGACCCUCAGAAAGCAGACUCCAUCUUUACAGUUGAGGGAGAGACUCCUGCCUGGCUGGAGCAGAUGAUAGCACACACUACGUGGAGAGAUCUUUUCUAUAAGCUGGCAGAGGCUCACCCAGACUGCCUGAUGCUCAACUUCACUGUAAAGCUCAUUUCAGAUGCAGGUUAUCAGGGUGAGAUCACCAGUGUGUCUACAGCGUGUCAGCAGCUGGAGGUUUUCUCUCGGGUGCUGAGGACGUCUUUGGCCACGCUGCUGGAUGGAGGAGAAGAGAACCUGGAGAAGAAUCUGCCAGAAUUUGCUAAGAUGGUGUGUCACGGUGAGCAUACAUACCUCUUUGCCCAGGCAAUGAUGUCCAUCCUCGCUCAGGAGGAACAGGGCGGAUCAGCAGUUCGGAGGAUCGGCCAGGAGGUGCAGAAGUCAGCGCAUCAGAGAGGCCAUGAUGCCAGUCAGAUAACAUUAGCCCUCGGCACUGCAGCCGCCUACCCUCGAGCCUGCCAGGCACUGGGUGCCAUGUUGUCCAAAGGAGCCCUGAACCCUGCAGAUAUCACCGUUCUGUUCAAGAUGUUCAGCAGCAUGGACCCGCCUCCUGUAGAGCUGAUCCGAGUGCCAGCAUUUCUGGAUCUGUUCAUGCAGUCACUGUUUAAACCAGGAUCAAAGAUCAACCAAGACCAUAAACACAAAUACAUCCACAUCCUGGCCUAUGCAGCGAGUGUGGUUGAGACCUGGAAAAAGAAUAAGCGAGUAAACAUCAAUAAAGAUGAGCUGAAGUCGACCUCCAAAGCCAUAGAGACAGUUCACAAUCUGUGCUGCAACGAGAACAAAGGAGCCACAGAGCUGGUGGCCGAACUCGGCACUCUGUACCAGUGCAUCAGGUUCCCGGUCGUUGCGAUGGGCGUUUUGAAAUGGGUGGACUGGACAGUGUCUGAACCGCGGUAUUUCCAGCUGCAGACUGACCACACUCCUGUACAUUUAGCUCUACUGGAUGAGAUCUGUACGUGUCACCAGCUGCUGCACCCGCAGGUCCUCCAGCUGCUCAUCAAGCUGUUUGAGACGGAGCACUCUCAGCUGGACGUUAUGGAACAGCUGGAGCUGAAAAAGACUCUGCUUGACAGGAUGGUUCAUCUGCUGAGUCGUGGCUACGUGCUGCCAGUAGUCGGUUACAUUCGCAGAUGUCUGGAGAAACUCAACACAGACAUCUCCCUCAUCAGAUAUUUUGUCACUGAGGUGCUGGAUGUGAUUGCACCGCCCUACACAUCAGACUUUGUUCAGCUCUUCCUGCCCAUCCUAGAGAACGACAGCAUCGCAGGAACCAUCCGCACAGAGGGGGAGCACGAUCCAGUCGCAGAGUUCAUUGCUCAUUGCAAGUCAAACUUCAUCAUGAUAAACUAAAGUGGAGAGACCACUGAAAUGUUGUUGGGGAUUGUACCAAGAAGACCCAAGAGCGACAGCAGAUACGUUAUCUCCAUGGUAACUUGAUUGUUCUGCACCAUGUUGGAGCACACAGCUCUAAGACUUGACUCUUAAGUUUGACAAAGUGAACGAUUAGUUUCAAGGAAAAGGAAAAUGUCAGCGAGCUGAAGGAAGAAAACUGAGGCUGGAGCCUCUGAAGAAGCAGCUAAAUGUUUCCCUUUUUUUCACCUGUAUAUUUAAUUUUUCUAUAUUCUAUGUUGGUUUAAACUGUUUUAAAGCAACUUUUGAUGUAUUUUUUAUUCUUGAUGGCAUUAAAAAAAUACAGAAAUAAAAGAGAGAAGACAUCAA